GCUCAUCUAUAACUAGAAACUUCCUCCAUGAAGAUUGGAACCAAGAAACAAAACAAAAAAUCGGAAUUUUAAAGAAUAGGAAUAAUGGAGAGAAGAACGUUGAUGAUGAUUAUGAUGCUUACGACGGUGGUGACGCUGACGUGGCAGAAGCAAUGCUAUGGAUGGGGAACGGAGACAGCAGAGGAUAUGGUUAGAAACGAAGCAGAGCAUGCUAAAAACGCAGCCGAGACCGCUAAGAAAAUGGCGUCCGAUGCGGCUCAUGACACAAAGGACAAAACCGCCUCUUGGGCUGGUUGGGUUUCCGACAAAAUUUCCACAGGAUUGGGAGGCAAGAAAGCUGAGGCAGAAGAAGCGGCUGAAUCUGCGAAGAACUACGCUUAUGACAAGGCUGGAUCCGCCUAUGACAAUGCGGGUUACGCCAAGGACUUUGCAUCAGACAAAGCCGGAUCUGCUUACGAUAGUGCUCAUAACGCAAAACAUUAUGCUUAUGAUAAGGCUGGUGAUGCAAAAGACAUGGCCUACGAUAAGACCGGUCAAGCCAAGUACAUGGCUUACGACAAAGCAGGAUCAGCCUACGAAAAGGCCGGUCAAGCCAAGGACAUGGCCUACGACAAGGCGGGUCAAGCUAAAGACAUGGCCUACGACAAGGUGGGAUCAGCCUACGACAAGGCGGGUCAAGCCAAGGACAUGGCCUACGACAAAGCAGGAUCAGCAUCUGAGAAGGCUGGUCAAGCCAAAGACUUUGCCUAUGACAAGGCAGCUCACGCAAAAGACGCUGCCUAUAACAAAGCAGAGGAUGUGAUUAAGAUGGCUACGGAUACGAGUGGUGAAGCUAAAGAUAGUGCGUAUGGAACAUACGAAAGAUUCAAAGAAGGAUCUAAGAAUGCUAAAGACAUUGCAUCGGAUAAAGCUCACGAUGUUAGAGAAACCGCAGGGCGAGCGGUGGACUAUGCUAAAGACAAAGCAAAUGAUGCAUACGAAUCGGGGAGCGAAGCAGCCGGAAGAUUCGACGAGGCAAUGCAUAAGGUUGGGGAGAGGUAUGGUGCAGCUAAGGAUUCUAUGUCGGAGAACACAAAAGAAGCUUAUGAGAGUGCAAAGGAGAAGGCUUCUGAUGCUGCUGGUGAGUACGGUUCAUAUAUGAGAGACCGUAGCGCUGAGCUUUAGAACUGAAAAAAUUAUAACGUAUAGCCGUAUAGGGUAAGUUUGCAUUUAGAUUUCAAAUCUUCGUUUGUACAAUAAAUUUCUUAUAUAUAUGUGUAUAUCAGCAGUAUAUGUAUAUGUAAGAAUGGUGGAGUUGCUUGUAUUAGUUGCAAAAUCAGAUUCUCAAUGAAAGGCGAGUUGUUUCUUUACUCUCGAUCUAUCAACAUG